AUGAACGCUACCCAGAGAAGUGAAAGCAUCAAUGCAUUCUUUGACUCCUUUAUUAACUCAAGAACUACAUUAAAGGAUUUUGUGGUCAAAUUUGCAAAGGUGGUGGACAGUCGUUAUAAGAAAGAAAGGAAAGAAGACUUUGAUUCAAGACAUAAAACACCUUCUUUGGUAAUUGGCUCAAAAAUAGAGCAUCAAGCUGCUUCUAUAUACAUGAGAACCAUAUUUAACAAGUUCCAAAAAGAAUUGGUGAGUAGUAAUCACUUUACAAAGGAAAAGGUUGAGAAAAAUGGAACUUUUUAUUGGUACAAAGUAACAAGUUCCUUUGAUCCAGAUGAUGCAUUUAUUGUGAAGCUGAACUUGGAAUCAAAAGUUUGUGAAUGUGAUUGCCAACUUUUUGAGUUUAUGGGAAUUGUUUGUAGGCACAUGUUAUUAAUCUUCCAGGUUAAAAAUAUUUUUCAGAUUCCUAGCCACUACAUCCUACAACGUUGGACAAAAGAAGCAAAUAAAGAACUCAAAAGUGUAGAAUAUAGAUCAAGCUUUGAGGAUGAGCAUCAUAUGUCAAGAGCCUUAUGA